CGCGCGUGUUGGGCCAGGUGGCCCGAGCGGUGCAGAAGCGGGUUUUGCGCGCGGCGCCCGUCGAGUUCGUGCGCUUGCUGGCAGCCGCUGAGUUGACUGGGUUCCGUUUCUGCGAUUGUGUGGCGAACCCCUCAACGUCUUUUGUCCGCGACUGCCCUCGUCGUCGUCACCGUUGCGAGAGGGCGAAGGAACGAAGACAUGUCAAGCUUUGCGGGCUGCCCGUCGGGCCGACUGUGAGCGGUGUUCUUUUCUCCGUGUGUUGUGCCAGUGGUCGUCGUCGUGGUUCGGCCGGCCGGCCGGAAGUUGUGGCUCCUCUGUUUUGUUGCACGGCGCUGUCAUGGCGGUCCGCCGUGCGGUGUAGCGCGCGCGAGACGUUUCGGUUCGGCCGCGUGCGUGCUCCCCUGCGAGACGGCGUUUUGUCGUUCAUGGCUGCGCCGUUCCUCGUCGCGACCCCGUGCCGUCGUCGUCUAGCGGGGCCGUCGGCUUAACCCCGCCAGGAAUACCGUCUCUUCGCCAUGACCUCGUGCCGCAACAGCAGCUGCUGCAGCUGGUUCAUCCGUGACCCGCCAGUGCAGCGUGCGGGCUGCUGCCGCCGUACCGUGCCCACGCGGAGCUGCAGGAUUCGCGUCGCUGCUGCUGAGGACGAAGGCGGGAAGGAGGCAGGCAGGCGAGAGUUCGUCGUCUCCAUGGCCCGCUGGUGCAGGGCUUCGUUUCUUUUGACAAAGGCUGCGCCCUUGUUUUCGAUCGCUCGAUUCUGCUCCGUGUUUGGCGCAGUUUCUCCUGCGGACGCAAUGCGCUCCACGGAGAGCUGAUUUGACGUAUGUCCGGUCCUGGCCUGGACUGGACUGCUGUAGAGAAGCUGAUGCAUGCCGACGAGGAACGCUUCGAAGAGGCCGUCAGCUCCCUCAGCGUGCGGGAGCUGCUGGACCUGGUGUCUGGCCUCCAGUCAGCCAUGGCCGAGGAGCAGCGGCGGUUCGAUGCCCUGGGACUGCAGCUGCAGCGGCUGGGCGCACAAGGCGGCGAUCCUGAGGAGCAGAGGGCACUGUCUGCUGCAUUGUGCGCCUCACAGCUUCGCCUUGCACGGCUCUGCACCCGCAACAUGCGCUGUUUCGCGCAGCAAGCGAUCCAGAAGAAGGAGGGUGAAUCUCGCGCCACAAGCAGCACCAGCAGCGGCGGCGGCAACAGGGGUGUUGGCAGCGCCAGCAGCAGCAAGCGGCUGCGGGAACCUUACCGCGACCAGGUCACCACCGAGCUCUCAACAUCGCCGCUUAUCCGGCGGAACCUUCUCGACAUUUCUGACUUUGAUGAGGUUGAAGCAGCCUUUUCCUCAAUGAUGGAAGACGGUUCUUCUUCCCAGGAGGUCCUCUCCACACCUUUUUCCGCACAAGAGGAAAAUCAUGUUGACAACGACUAUGACCCGAAGGAUUUUGUUGUGCACAGAAACACGUUCAUCACAAACGAGGACUAUCACUCUGAGGACUCGACACUACCUGGCAGCAGCCCUCAACCGUUGGUGCGCGAAGCCUCCAGUGACGUGUCAGAUGAAGACGAGGGCGACUACCACCUGCGUUACGAUGAAGACGAGGAGGAGAUGCAGCAGCGUGGCUACGACUCGCGGCACCACUAUGCCUUCUAUCCAGAGGAGACUGAGCUUGAAGUCAUUCCUGAGGAAGACGAGGACCAUGCUAGCAACUCUGAUUGCUCGGAUCCAAUGGGCGAGCGGAGUCGAAUGACUGAGCAUGAUUCAGGGGUGACUGAUGAGCAUCACAGCAGUGGCAGUGAUGAUGACCGGAGGCAUGGCAAGCGGUCAGAGGACACCGACAGCGGACUGCACUCACUUCCGUGGACACGAGACUGUGACUCAUCCCGUGGGAGUCCAGAAACCAGCCCCGACACCAAGGAACGUCCCGAAAUGAAGCACAACAUCAAACCUGAGCCUAAGCAUGAACCAAAGUUAGAGUCAAAGCCAGAGCCAAGACAAGCGUCAAGGCAUUCAAGCGAUGUCCCGCGAGCUACUGUGUCUAUUCAGUGCAAUGGUCCUGAUUCGCUUCGCAGUGUUCUCUCAGCACAACAGAAUGACUCAUCACCACGAGGCCCCGAGCUUCUCAAAGGCAGCCGACUGGCCGAACUCAUCAAGAGCUUCGAGCAAGUCUCGGUCAUGACAAACGGCCAGUCGCCACUGCCAUCACGCUCCACAAUUGCCACCACAUCAGUUAUCACAUCACCCUCGCCUACCAUGACCCCGAUGCUGACCGUGACUGCAAGGUCACGACCUGCUGAAGCUGUCACUACGGUAACAGUGAACCACGUAUCUGCAAACAACUCUCCGUCGUGGACGACCAACGGAGGUACAUUACCUGUCACAUCAACACAAGUUGACCCCUCUAUCGAUGAAGAGCUGUUGCCAAGGAGUUCGACCCUAAUGUGGAAUCCUACUGAGCUCCUGAAGGAACUGUACAGAAUUGAAAUGCCUCAGCAGGGUUCACGGGACUGCGGGGCAUGCAUCAACCGCGAGGGAUACCUGGAUGUGAUGCCUUCCAACCGCAAGAAGGCCACCUACUGGAACCCCUGGAGGCGGCGAUACAUGCGGCUACAGGACGGCAUGCUCUCCUGCCUCGAGAACGAGAAGUCAACAAAGCCACUGGUGAAGAUGCAACUUCUCGGUGGUCAGGUUGACACUCUUGAGAACCACAUGAUUGGGAUCGAUGACAAGAAGGGUCACUAUGUGGCAGUCAAGUGCUCCUCUGAUUCCGAGUGCCGGGCAUGGCUGGAGGCCCUGCAGUCGCACUGCCAGCAGGAUCCCCAACGCAGCUUUGUGCAGCCUGUUGAGAGGCCUCUGCCCUGCAGCAAGCGUGUUGUUAUAGUCGACUUGGGUGGAUGCUCAGUCAGAGCUGGAGUCCUCAUGGAACAGCCUGCUCUACCAACGGUCUACUUCCCGUCGGUCUGCAGCACAGACCGAACUACAGGCAAGCGCUACUUUGGCCUCGACGCUGUCCAGCCAGAGGUGCGCAGGAAUUCACAGCUCAGCUUCCCCAUCCUGCCAUCGGCCAAAAUUUCCAAGUACACGAUAGAUGUGGAUGGGCUUCCCGAGCUUAUGAACAAGAUCUUCCGGGACCUGGGCAUCACAAAUCCUUCCGAGUACAAAGUGCAGCUCUGUGUACCGCGUAGCCUCAGCCUGCAGACUCAGGCAGCCCUUGCCGAGGCCCUUCUCUCUCACGUGGGUGUCGGUGCCCUGAGCGUCACUCACCAGGCCAUUUGUGCUCUGUAUGCCUACAACACCACAUCAGGCGUAGUCGUCGACCUGGGAGCGCGCAUCGACAUCCUGCCAAUAGCUGAUGGAUAUAUUGUGGAAGGCGGUGUGUCCCGGUUGCCUCACGGAGCCCAGCAGCUGACGCAGCAGUUGCGGCAAGCCCUCGCCCAGAAGCAGCUCAGCCUGUUUGGAGAGUUGGAGUUGUACCUGGUGCGCUGGGUGCAGCAACAGGUGUGCUAUGUGGCACCCAACUACCGAGCCGAGCUCAAUGCCUGCCACUGUGAUCCUGCUGCCUAUGAGUGCUGCCUGCCCCUGGGACACUUCUUCCAGCCACCCGCGCCUCACAUGGAGGCACGGCUGGACCUGGGUCGAUUCCAGUGUCCAGAGGGACUGUUCCGGCCCGAGCUGUGGGGUCUUGACUGCCCAGGUCUUGGCAAGCUGCUGCAGCGUGCCCUGCAGGAGUGUUCGUUGGACGUGCGCCGACAAAUGGCACGCUCGGUGUUCCUGUCGGGAGGCCUAUCCCUGUUGCCGGGAUUACCUCAGCGACUGCAGACCGAGCUGGACGCCCUCACUCCCGAGUCGCUGCAGCCCAAGGUCCAUGCUUCUCCCUACCGUGUCCACAUGGCCUUCCUCGGCGCAAGCACCAUGGCAUCGACUUCAGCCUUCGAGGAAGUGUGCGUAACGCCGCGUGAGUGGAAGCAGAAAGGUCCAUCAUGCCUCAGUAGGUGGCAUCUGUGACAGUCCCUCACCUGAGCAGAAGUGGAGUGCUUUUUGUGUUUAUAAGAACUUUGCCAUGCAACAUUCGGGGGAAAAAAGGACAUGCAACUGACCUCUACCCUGCCCCGUGCUGACUCAUCCCAGAAUGACAGUCACGCAACAAGUACAGUUGUGGAGUCAAGCCACCCAAGAAGUAUGUUGCACACAUUGUCAUAUGAUGAAGCAGACAGUCCCAUGGCAGACGGCUUGCAGAGAGCAGACGACCUACACUCCCAAUGUGACGAGAAUCGUAGAGCAAGUACAUCGACGGAGUCAAAUCUCAAGCAGAUGAUCCACACCUUUUGUUCAUUUCAUACAACGUCGUGAAUCGUCGCCUCAUCGAGACAACCCCUGGGCAGACACUCCACAGAGUCGGGCAGAUAUUAUACAUCGGAAGCUACAUGCUCUCCGCCAACCAGUUCUGCAGUGUGCUGUGGAAGCAAGCAGCCUCGGCACAUGGUAGACCUGGUACUGUGGCACCAUACAGUUGCUUCAAGAAAGAAAAAACUAUGCGCCAUACCGGCACCAAGACCAAUGUGGGCAUCUGCUCUAUCAAUGCAUUCUACUCAUUUUUUGAAAAUGUUCUCACAGUGGCAAACACUCACGUGAGCAGCCCAAGGCACAGUAGCUCGAGGGUCCAACAGCUUUUGCAUUGCGAGUUGCUCCUAGGUGCAUCCUGUCCUUUUGGAGUUUGUAGGUGGCCCUGAUGAAACGACAUGCAUUCCAGAGCAGUAUGUGCAUUUGACAGAAAGCCACCCAAGCGUCCUGCUGCAGGUGCACAUGGCUUUGCCCAAUGCUGGUUCUACCUGCCGGUGAUGUUGUGAGAAAAGUGUUCUGCGUGUUUUUAUCGCUGGUGAUCGACGAGCAAAAGGCCCGCCUGGCACAGGGCGUUUUAGCCACAACUCAUGCGAAUAAGGGACUUUGAUAAAUUUUUCAAGCAGUUAGAAAUGAAACAACAGCUGCUGGCAUGCAUUCACAGACCAUACCUCCUUACUUAGAAAAGUUGUAUUUUCUGUUUCCACGUUAUGUGCGCCUAAGCUGCAGAUGCCGUUUGUCAUCGUUUGACUGUGUGGUGCACAGUUGGUUUAAAUAUCUUGUUCCACCCUCGUGAAGAAGUAAUGUGACUAGGCAGCCAAUAUUGAAACUGUAGUUGUGCAGAAGAGAAGGACCCUGUGCCUCUUUGUGGACGUCUUGCCAGCAUUUUACAUAUAUGACAAGGUAAAGUCCUCACAACAUGUCUCUCUACGUGUUUGUGUUCCUCCUAGUAUGUAAAUACUGAUGCCAAUUCUUUCUCGUCCUAAAGCAAGUUCGAAAGUUGCUUUUACAUGUGACGUCCAGAAUUAUUUUAGAUACUAUGCACGUAGUCACUGCAGUGCUGCUAGCUUGGGUUUUCAUGAAAAAUAUGUAUUGAAAUGAUUGCAGCAUAUAAGAUCGAAAAUUAUCAUAUAAGAACUGUUUGUCUGCUAUUUAUUGUGCUCGAUGGAAAUUUCCGUCCACUCUGGAAUCUUUCUUGUUGGGUGAUUCCAAGGUGAUGCUUGUAUUUUUCUGCCAUCGUGCUGAAGCAGUCCCGAAGUCAGGGGAAAAUUUUUCAAAAAACAAUGUCGGUGAUUUGUCUGCCAGAUUCCUCCUGUGUUCACUGUGCAUUUACUUUUAUAGGGUUGUUUUCUUUUUCUUUUUUUUUUUCACUAUUCUUAAGCAAGCUGUCAAUUUUAUGCCACUUUGUACAGAUGCCACUGAAGAGGCGUUUUCCCAAUGUCCACUUUCUCGGAGUGUGGUUUCACCUAAUUUAUAAUUCCUUUUCCUUGUUCUGUGUUGACUCCAGGAGUCCCUUUGAAAUAGAGAAUCAUUAACAUUGGCUCGUGUUAUGAGCAAUUUUUUUGUGUGUGAUGUGCUUGUACAAUACAAGUGCUUGGAUUCCAUUGUGCACGUUGUAAUCGGCUAUUCAACUGUUUCUUAAUGCCUGUUCUGCGUUGUAGUGAAGUACACAAGAGCCUUAAUUCAGGCCAUUUGUGUGAAAGAGAGCAAAACAACCAGAGCUCUCAAAUUUGUGGCACCAGUUUCACCAGAUAGUACCAGUGUGAAUUAUUUUCUUGCUGGUCUUGCAGUGCAACUUGUUUUGACUGGGAAAGUGUUACGAUUGCUGAAAAAGGUUUGAGCUUGGCCUUUUCAAGAGAACAAGUUUUUAUUCAAGGGCACAUGCCCCCCUGGACAUGUCUGGUAUUGUGCCUGCAACCUGUCUGCAGGUGCUGCCACCUGGAGUGCAGUUGAAUCUUGUGCCUUUAGAGCAGUGGUGUUCCAUGCUGUGACGAAUUUUUUUCGUGUAUACAGAAAGAUUUAUUUUGCUCGCUUUUCCCCUUCAGAGUUGUGAGAUGUUAUUCUAAAUUGUGGGCAUAAUUUGUAUGGCUUACUGUCUGCAUCACAUUCUUUCUUGAUAUGUGCAGUCUUUGCCAAAGGUUUCUAAAUCAACUAAUGAGAGACAGGAACUGCCACAAGAGGGACACUUAGCAGUGCUCCUUUAGCAAAUAUUGUGCUCAGUAACUUUAUGUGCAAUUUUUUUGUGUGUGAUGUACUUGUACAGUACAAGUGCUUGGAUUCCGUUGUGCACGUUGUAAUCGGCUAUUCAACUGUUUCUUAAUGCCUGUUCUGCGUUGUAGUGAAGUACACAAGAGCCCUAAUUCGGGCCAUUUGUAACUUAUGUCAUAAAGUCAGGACCACUGUACCUUUCGAUCUCCAAGGCUUUGAAGAAAUGUUCGUAGCAGCAUCUGAAUGUUCGAAGGAUACUGUAUUUAAACAUAGCCCUUGUUGUGCCUAUCAACAUUUCAGUGCCGUUAUGUUGCACUGUUAAUUAUGGCAGUGUGUAAAAAAUAUUCUGCAUUUGGCAUCGGUAGCAUUCGAGUAUAAUACAAAUUGCAUUUUAAAUUUGAAGUUACUGCACUCAAAUUUGGAAAUGUGCAAUGCGCAUAAGUCUCUGAUGCAAUGGUCAACUAAUUAGCUGUGUGCCUAUGGUGUCCCUAAGAUUGGUAGAACAGUUCUUGAAAAAAUAAAGCGCUUCGCAUGAAA